GAUUGUGACGAGACGUUCAACUACUGGGAACCGACUCAUUAUCUCAUCCACGGCACCGGCUUUCAGACGUGGGAAUACUCGCCCCUAUAUGCCAUCCGGUCGUACGCUUUCCUCUGGAUCUAUGCUCUGCCGGCGUUUCUCUACUCAUCUCUCAUUCAAACCAAUCAAUUGCUUGUCUUUUACUACACCCGAUGUAUUGCUGCCUUCUGUUGCGCGCUCGCAGAGACAUAUCUCUAUCGAGGGAUAUCACACCAAUUUGGGCCAUCGAUCGCCCGAUUGUUUCUCUUUUUUAUGGUUCUGUCCAACGGAAUGUUCAUCUCUUCGACGGCAUUCCUCCCGAGCUCUUUCUCCAUGUAUAUGACGGCCCUUACGUUCGGCGCAUGGCUUCGACAGAACCAUAAGAUUGUAAUCUUAACGCAA